AUGUCCAUGCUGGGCGGAGCGGCCUAUGAAAGCACCACCACCAUCAUCCCGCCCGCGCAGGCCGACGUGGAGGAGCCGGCCAUGGAAGAAGCGGCCGACGCGGGUGCGAUGGAGGAGGAGCCGCGGGACGAGGACGAGGAGGAGGCUGCCGCGGAGCCCGCCGCGGAGGAGCCGGAGCCCGCCGCCCGGCCGCCACCGCCAGAAGUGGGGCCGCCGCCGCCCGCACCACCGGAGGGCCCGUCGCAGCCGCAGGACGAGCCGCCGCCGUCCGGAGGCGGGCCUUGCCAGCCGCCGGACGACGAGCCGCCUCGGCCGCCCGCCGCCGCCCCCCCGCCGCCGCCACAAGAAGGUGAGAACGCACCGCCGCCCGAGGGCGCCCCGGAGGCGCCCGACACCUCGCCCGCGCUCGGAGAGGGCGGGGAGCUUGCGCGGCCGCACGAAGGCUCGGCUGAGGCGGAGGGCGGCGCGCCCUCGGACGGCGAGAGCCAGUCGGAGAAAAGUCUCUGCUCUUUGAUUGUUUUUGAGCCUAUGGAGACUUUGUCGCACCCAGAGACCUCUGGUGAUUUCUGGAGACCUCCGGAGACCUUCUCCUCGCCGUGA